AUGUUCGCUCUCACAGCGCUGUCCAUCCUUCUGUUGUGCGGUAGCGUUGAGUCUGCAUAUAAAAUUUGCCUCGAUACGCCUGAGGAAGUGGAAGAAGUGGUCGCUGAGUUCUGGUCGACGGUUCUGGCCAAAUACGGUUCGAACCCUACGAAACGGAGCGCUAUUCCGGAACAAAUGCAGGAACUCCUACCCCUUUUUGAAAGUCAACCUGAGAUGGAAGGAGUUCAUGUGUUGUCCAAAAACGAAAUUUGGAUGCAACUGCAGGCACGAUGA